AUGGUUGCAACAGUUAUCGAUGCCAUCCUCGGAAACGACGUGUCCACUUUACUCGCUCUCGCAGAGGAGAAUCCAUUGGUAUUGAAGGAGAGAUUACAGAGGGAUACUCUCGGUGGGACGGUUUUGCACUUAGCGACUAAGCUUGGGCAUAAGGAAAUUGUGGAGACUAUAAUUAAGCUUUGUCCUUCUCUUGUCGGAGUUACCAACCUUGAUGGCGACACUCCUCUUCAUUUUGCUGCUCGCUGGGGACAUGCGACCAUUGUGGCUCAGAUAUUAGCGUCUGGAUAUGCUGAGUUCACCGCGCUCAACGAACGAGGAGAAACCGCCUUCGUUGUUGCUUGCCGCUACACUCGCCCCGAUGUCGCUAGUCUUAUAUUGGAAGAAACAAGUUCUAUCACGAUCGGGGAAUUUUAUGCGACGUUUGUUCUUGGAGAAUAUACGGGUUAG